AUGUUUCUCUUAUUUAUUUCUUUUCUUUUCUUUCACUAUCAAUUUCUUCUCAUUUCUUAUUUCCGUCUUUUUUCUUUUCCACUUUACUUAACUUUUCUUCUGAAAUUUUUAACUUUUUUUUCUCUCUAUCUUCAAACCAUUCUUCAUGUUUACCUUUCUCAAUCCUGUUCUUUCAUUCCUUUUCCAUUUUCGUAUCUCUUUCUUCUUCAUUGCUUAAACAUUUUCAGUUUCUUUCUUUCCUCUUCAUUUCUUUUUUGUUCUUUGUUUUUCACACACCUUCUUUUAUUUGUUUACUUCCUAUUAAGUUUUCUUACAUUCCCUUCCUUCCUUCCUUCCUUCCUUCCUUCCUUCCUUCCUUCCUUCCUUCCUUCCUUCCUUCCUUCCUUCCUUCCUUCCUUCCUCCCUCCCUCCCUCCAAUUUAGGCUUUAUUCCUUCUUCGAUCUCUUUAUUCUUUCAUUCCUUUCUUCUUUCCCAUCCCCCAUUCUUUCUUUCUCUCUUCCUUUAAUCCUUCCUUCCUACAUUUUUCCUUUUCUUCCUCACUCACUUUACUCAUUCCUUGUUUCCUUCAUACCUCCCUUCUGUUACUUUCUUUCUUCUUUCCUUUUGUCCUUCCUUCCUUCUUUCCUUUCUUUCUUAUUUCUUUCUGUCUUUCCUUCUUUCCUUCUUUUCUCUCUUUCUUCCUUUCUUUCUUAUUUCCUUCUGUUCUUCUUUCCUUCUUUUCUCUCUUUCUUCCUUUCUUUCUUAUUUCUUUCUGUCCUUCCUUCUUUCCUUCUUUUCUCUCUUUCUUCCUUUCUUUCUUAUUUCCUUCUAUCUUUCUUUUCUCUCUUUCUUCCUUUCUUUCUUGUUUCCUUCUGUCCUUCUUUCCUUCUUUUCUCUCUUUCUUCCUUUCUUUCUUGUUUCCUUCUGUCCUUCUUUCCUUCUUUUCUCUCUUUCUUCCUUUCUUUCUUGUUUCCUUCUGUCCUUCUUUCCUUCUUUUCUCUCUUUCUUCCUUUCUUUCUUAUUUCUUUCUGUCCUUCCUUCUUUCCUUCAUUUCUCUCUUUCUUCCUUUCUUUCUUAUUUCUUUCUGUCCUUCCUUCUUUCCUUCAUUUCUCUCUUUCUUCCUUAUUUAGUUCUGUCCUUCCUUCUUUUCUCUCUUCCUUUCUCUUUCUCUUUUCAUCACUCUUAUGUCUCUAUUAUUUCUUGGUUUCUUUACAUUAA